AUGUCCGGAGAGUGCAUUUCCCGGGUGAAGACUUGUAACGGAGUUCCAGACUGCAGUGAUGGCUUCGACGAGUUCCCAGGAAUUUGCAGGAAUAAUGAUCCUCCCGGUGUAUGCCGACCCAUCCCUCCUACAAUACAAUCCAUUUGUACCCAUCUCCUGUCGUAUGGAAACACGUCGUUACCGAACUACCUAAACCAUACCUCAGAGACAUCAACUGUUCAGGCUGCCUUUGCCCUGAACCAAGUAUCGGGAUGUCACCCGUCUUUCACAUUCCUCAUGUGCACAACAGUGUUUCCAAAGUGCGAAGAUGACCAGCUGGUUCCACCAUGCAGAGAACUGUGUGAAGAAGUCCAAGCCAGCUGUGAAGCUCCACUGCAGGCUAUCGGCGAAGAAUGGCCACGGAGCUGUGCAGAUCUGCCGAGCAGGCGUGACGGGAGAUGUCUUGAGCCAGAAUCUGAUACAGCUGUGCAGAAGUUCCUGUGA